AUGAGUGACGCACUCUGCGGCCCGUCGAAUGCGCUGCAGAACUUCCAGAAGCAUACAUCCGUUGACCGGACUCUGCAGCAAGACCGACUGACUUCUCGCCAACCGUCUGCGCAAGGGUUCCGAUCACAAAGCCCGCGGGAUGGAAUACUCGACCCAGAAUUUGCUGCAUUUGAGGCCAAUCUUGGUGGUCCCGUAGCAUUACCCGACCUACAGCACCAGGCGCAUUUUGGUGCUCCGGCACAGGCUCCUGUCGCAGCCCAUGAAAGCUCGGGCUGGGCGUCCGACUUCCAAAAUCUACACAUUUCUGGACCGGCAACCGCUUCAUUACAGGGGCCGUCUAUUGGACCGGCUCAAGCAGGAUGGCAUAAUGAGUUUUUGAGCCAACAGCAACACAUGCAAGCAUCUCAUGUGCAGGCACCUCAAGUUGCAAAUCGUGCGUUUCAACCGGCCUUUGCGCCGAGCUUCCCGAUGUAUAAUACCACGGCAAUGAGCACACACCAGCUGCCACAGCAAAUACCUUCAGAGCAUGUUGCACCAACAGAGCAGUUUGACGAGUCUGCUUUUGAAGCAGCUUUUGAGCAAGCUCGUGCCGAUAUGGAGCUUCAAGGGGCUGAGGCUACUGUUGAUGUUCAACCACAAACUCAUGAUGAACCGAGCCAAUCAGACCUGGUGGAGCCAGUCCAUGAAACUAUUCGGAUUGGUUCAGAUACUAUUCCCCAGACAGAUAAACAGGACCCGCUAGUGCAGAAUCGUGAUGCAGACGCACUUGCACAGACCGCCGGGCAGCUCCUCGAUAGCGUGCGCCAUGACCAAAGUCAAAAAUUCCAACAAAGCAAUUUCCUUGCGCUGAUGCGCCGAAUUCGUGAUCGUGAGGUAGAGGUGGAAGGAGACGAAUUCCGCGAAACAGCACAAUCUCUCCAUCCCGGUGGGCGUUAUUACCCAGGUCAGCCCCGGGGCCCGAUCAUUCCACCGGACAGUACUAGUAAGGAUCCCGCAAUGUCCACCCUAGCAGCAGGGUCUAGUGCCGUGGAGGAAGCAUCAACAUAG